GAGAGGGGGCACCAGUGGAUAGAGAGAGAGAGAGAGAGAGAGAGAGAUCAAAGCAAAGGAAGAGACAGAGGAGGAGUAACGCGGAUGAGAGAUAGCAGCUCUGCAGUGAGAGCGAGCGCCCUGCCUCCCUUUGCAACGAGUGUUUACUCCACUUUCCCUGAGAGCUGGUUAUCUUCCCUCUGCGUGAGUCAUGGAAGUGAUUUAGGUGAGUGGAGCGGUGCGGAGCAGCAGCAGAAAGCAACAGAUCUGUUUGUGUGUCUGCGCCGUGGGCAGGCUGUGUCGUCUGAUGAUUAAGGAUCCAUGCCAAUCUACAGAGCGAACAGAAGAAACUUAGUCCCAAACAACACACAACCCGACCACCAUCCAUCAGCAGCAGCAGGCAGUGAGGGGCGUGAUCAUGAGGCUGAUGUGGAAGUCCGUGGACAAGAUGAGGUGUUUUAGGAAGCGGUCCAUGUUCCCAUUCCUCGGCUUCCUCAUCACCUUUCUGCUCUUUUUCAACCUGUACAUGGAUGAUGGAUAUGUGCUGGAGGCUGAAAAAAGACAGCUGGGAGAGACACUGAUGCAUUCUGCAAACUCUGAGAGAUACGUCCACACGUUCAGAGACUUAUCCAAUUUCUCUGGGACCAUUAAUGUGACCUAUCGCUAUCUGGCAGGAAUUCCUUUGCCACGCAAAAAGUAUCUAACCAUCGGUUUGUCCUCUGUCAAGAGGAAAAAGGGUAAUUAUCUUCUGGAAACAAUCAAAUCCAUCUUUGAUCAGUCCAGUUAUGAGGAACUGAAAGAAAUUGUGGUUGUGGUCCACCUGGCAGACUUUGACCUGGUGUGGUGUGAGAACCUGGUGCAGGAAAUCACUAGGAAAUUUGCACACCACAUCAUAGCUGGACGCCUCCUGGUGAUCCACACUCCAGAGGAAUAUUACCCGUCUCUGGAUGGGUUGAAAAGGAACUACAACGACCCGGAGGACCGGGUCCGUUUCCGCUCUAAGCAGAACAUUGACUACGCUUUCCUUCUCAACUUCUGCACGAACCUCUCUCACUUCUACAUGAUGUUAGAGGAUGACGUGCGCUGCUCCAGGAACUUCCUGACAGCGCUGAAGAAGGUGAUCACCUCCAGAGAAGGUUCCUACUGGGUGAUGCUGGAGUUUUCCAAGCUGGGCUACAUCGGAAAGCUGUACCACUCCAAAGACCUGCCUCGUCUGGCUCAUUUCCUCCUCAUGUUCUACCAGGAAAUGCCCUGCGACUGGCUCCUCAUCCACUUCAGGGGUCUGCUGGCCCAGAAGGACGUGAUCCGUUUCAAGCCCUCACUGUUCCAGCACAUGGGCUACUACUCGUCUUACAAAGGAGCAGAGAACAAACUGAAAGACGAUGACUUCGAGGAAGACUCCAUAGACAUUCCUGACAACCCUCCUGCCGGCCUUUACACGAACAUCAACGUCUUUGAAAACUAUGACGCCACGAAGGCUUACAGUAGUAUCGUAGAUGAAUAUUUCUGGGGGAAACCUCCCUGCACUGGAGAUUUCUUUGUCAUAAUCUUUAACAAAUCAACGAAAAUCAGCAGAAUUAAAAUAGUUACAGGUACAGAGGAUCGACAGAAUGACAUUCUUCAUCACGGGGCUUUGGAAGUGGGACAGAAGUCAGUGGAAACUAAGCAGGGGAGGCAGUGCACAUCCUACAUCACGUUAGGGGAGUUUAAAGGCGGAAACAUUGAGGUGAACAAUGUGGACCACAAGAUCGGCUUUGAUAUCGAGUGUGUACGAAUAGUUGUUACUGCCAGUCAGAAAGAGUGGCUCAUCAUAAGAACUAUCAGUUUAUGGACCACACAGCCAGUGAGUCAGUUAAGGAAGUAACAGAAGACUGUUUUAAAUUAUCAUCUGUAUGUACAGUAUUAAUUAUGGAUGCACUUGCUAAGUUCAUCUUGAACUACUGCUGUUUAUUGAAUUCAAAACAAUCCAUAUUUUCUUGGGUUGUUCAGAGACCUGCUGUAUGUUUUCAAGGUGAUGUAUUAAAAUGACCAAUCUGUACAUUAUGGAGCCUUUAUACUUAUGUUCAUUUUCAGAAAAUCUGUACAUAAAGUUGUUCAUACCUGG